GAUUGAUGCAAAUUAUACUUUACUGCUAUAUUAUCAAAUAUGUUAUUUAAUCCCUCCUACGUCUUGAAUAGGAAAUCGAAAAUUUAAUGUUUAGUGGUAUCAGCUAGUUGGAAAUGCUAGUUAACCCUGCCGUGUAUUCAUAGGAUUUAUUUGGUUGCUGUUGAGAAUUUAGUAUCAAGAUGUUGAAAUAAGCAGAGAACCACCAAUCAUAGUCAUCAUGGAAACCAAUACUGGCAAUAAUACGAAAUGGAUGAGCAUUGGAGAAUUCUACCACUUUGUCUUCACUGAACUUGCAGAUCCCCGAACCAGUUCGUAUGUUUUGAUAGCAGACCCAUUACCAGGCCUAGGGAUUUUAGCCUUCUACAUAUACUUCGUCAACAGUUUAGGUCCAAGAUUCAUGAAGAAUCGCGAACCUUUCAAUCUACAGAGGACAAUAUAUGUAUAUAAUACUUUGCAAGCCAGUUUGAGCUUCUUCAUGUUUGUCGAGAUAUUAUCAGCAAUGUGGUGGAACCGAUAUAGCUUCAGAUGUGAACCUGUAGAUUAUUCCACCUCUCCACAUGCCUUGAGGGUAGCUAGAAUGGUGUACAUAUUUUUCAUCGCCAAAAUGACAGAACUGAUUGAAACAGUAUUUUUCGUGCUAAGAAAAAAGCAGAAGCAAGUUACUUUUUUACAUUGCUAUCACCAUGCUGUGAUGCCUAUGGUUACUUGGGGUGCAACGAAGUACUUUGCUGGAGGUCAUGGUACAUUUAUAGGUCUGAUCAACUCAUUCGUGCAUAUUAUUAUGUAUCUGUAUUAUCUCCAGGCUGGAAUGGGCUAUAGAAAUCUCUGGUGGAAGAAGUAUAUCACUAUGAUGCAGUUGGGACAGUUUCUGCUCUUCUUUGUGCACUUCGCUCAACUAUGGUUCAUAGAAUGCGACUUUCCGAAAUGGACCGCCCUCCUGAUUACCCCACAGGUUCUAUUCUUCAUUUAUCUCUUCUCCAAGUUCUAUAUGAAAUCGUACAAGAAGAACGAUGAGAAAGACAACCUACCUGGCUAUCAAACUGAAGGAAUCCGUGAAAAUGGUGAAAGCAUAAGGAAGAGAAAUGUUGCUUUAACCCAACGUUCUAAUGUAUUCGAUGGACAGAUUGGCGAUAGAAAAGUAAUAAAGAAUGGAUGAAACACUUUUAUUUUCAA